GGAGCAGCGGACGACGGAGGUCGGCCGUUCGAAGCAUCGAACACUUUUACCUUCCGGCCAAGCCCGUCCUGUACGGAGAGGGGGAAGGACGAGGGGAAGAAGGAAAUCCCCAAGAGGCGCGAGAGGUACUUAACCGGCGCACACUUACGAAUGUUACCGCAACUGGUACAAGACGUGCGAUCGUACAGUGCAUAGAACACAUCUCAGAGCAGACACACCGGAAAACCGCACGUGUUCUCUUUUUUAGCAGACGACUUCUGCUUGCCAGACAGAGACAGAGUUGAAAGCGUUGCGUGGGAAGUUUUCAAGUGGUCAAGUUCCCAAGUUUGGUGUUAAACGGACAACAUGACAACGAGAAGGAGCAAAGUGUGUCUUGGUGUGUUUUCGGCGAUUUGUGCGGCCGUUCUGUUUGUUGGAGUGCUGGGAUAUGUGUACUUCCCGUCAAUUUUGAGGAGUCAAGUCGAACAGCAAAUGCAGCUACGCGAAGGCACGGAGACGUUCGAGAAGUGGUCCAACGUUCAAGUUCCCAUCUACAUGUCUUUCUACCUGUUCAACAUCACCAACCCUGAAGAGUUCAUGAACGGUUCCAAAGCACGACUGGAACAAGUGGGACCCUUCGUGUAUAGAGAAUACCGAAAGAAGGACGUACAAGGUUUCAACAAUCCCAGGGGCACGGUGCAAUAUUACGACCGGAAGAGCUUCGUCUUCGAGCCAGCCAUGUCUGCCGGAAGUGAGGAAGACGCCGUCUACGUCAUCAACGUUCCUCUCGUGGCAGUGGCAGCGAUGACCCGCAAGCACCUUCCAGACAUGGCCGCUCCUCUGAUCAUGCCCAUCCUGGAGGCCAUGAUGAGAAAGUACAACGAAACUCUGGCCCUGCGAAGAGAAGUUGGCGAGAUGCUAUUCCGGGGGUACGAGGUGGGCAUGAUGAAAGAUCUCAUGCGUCUGGCCAAGGCUUUCUUGCCCAAUCUCGACAACCCGCUUAGGAACAACACCUUCGGCCUCUUCUACGGGAAAAACAACACCAACGACGGACUCUAUUCCGUGUACACCGGUGUCGACGAUCCACAAAAGUUUGCAAAGCUGGAGGAAUGGAGAAAUUACAAGCAGCUUCCAUACUGGACUGGACCCACGUGCAACAUGAUCAACGGAACAGACGGAGGCCAAUUCCCGCCCUUUGUUUCCAAGAACGCGACCCUGUACGUCUUUUCCACGGAUCUCUGCAGGUCAAUUAAAUUCGAGUACGAGAAGGAGACCGAAGUGCGUGACUUGAAGGCGAUGCGCUUCACUCCUCCUGCCGACCUGUUCGCCGGCCCAGAGAUCCUGGAGGAGAACCGCUGUUUCUGCCUUACCCCAGAGAACUGUCCAAAGAGCGGUGUCGUACAUGUCUCGACCUGCAACAAGGGAGCUCCAAUCGUACUCUCUUCGCCUCAUUUCUACCACGGAGAUAACGUUUACGUCUACGGAGUAGACGGCAUGCACCCGAGCAAGACACAGCACGAGACAUUCCUGGACGUUCAUCCGAUGACUGGCCUUGUUCUGAGGGCUGCAAAACGACUUCAGAUCAACGUGGAUCUUAAGAAAUACGAACGGCUACAGGCCUUCAAGGACGUGGAGGAUACAGUCUUCCCAGUAGCCUGGAUUGAGGAGACGGCCGAAGUAAGUCCAGAAUUCGCCGAAGGAUUCAAACAGAAGGUGGAACUACCUCAGCAAGUGGGCAGCGGUACUAUAGCCUCUGCCAUGGUUCUGGGAGGAAUUGGAACAUCGAUCUGUCUUAUCAUGAUAGUCGCCAUGUACUUGCAGGGCAAGUCCCGUACGGCAGGGAUCAGCACAGAGCACCUUCACACUUCCAAGGGGGCGUAGUCACGAGAAUCACGAAACAUCACAGACAAUCGUGUGUGCAUCACCACAAACCUAGGAACUUUUUCACUGUUGCUCACUUCACAAUCAUCAGCUCGGAGACUCGGGUGUGAUUGUAAAGAGACUGUCUUCAAGGAGGGGCUUGGCCGCCUUCAGGGAUGGCUUUCUUUUGCAUCGUCACCAAAGAAUGGAUUUCUUUAUCAACGCCUUUCAUUUCAGGUGUCAUCACAUGUUUAUGAGUUUUUGAUUUUAGUGUCAUAGUGUCAUGGCAUACUUGUGCCUUGAAGCAGCAUCACCCAGUACACAAUGCCUGUGCAUUACGAUCCCUUAAACCCACGCAUUAUCCGCAAUCAGCGGUCAAGUGUUGAUGAGCUAACGUCAGUACCGGACAUACUUCUGCGUUGAUAACAGCUACCUAACAAAGAAUGGAGCACGAUGACUAUGGCAGUAAGGACUGCUUGAAAGAUCAUCUAUCUGUUUGACGAAGCGGCGGCUGUUAUCAUACCUUAAUGGGACGGACCUCAUGGUAUUUCAGGACCUCUCAAUGCAUUACCGCGCACUGUACGCUGUAGAAUUUGUUACAUAAACACCGUCCACGUCGUGGGUAGUCAUCGGACUUGGAAGCGACACCAGAGGGCACUUGCUUACAUCUCGGAUACCGCUGUUACUGGUAACAGCAUGUAUUUAAAAAACAACAACAACAAGAAGAUGAUGAUGAUGUGUUUCGUAACUAUAGAAGCACUGUAUUCCUUCCGUCCUUCAACAACGCCGUCGUAGUACCUACGCGUUUAAAAUCUAGUUUUCAUAAGCAAGCUAAAACAAAUCCUAUUAACAGCAAGUAUUCCAGACAUGGGCUUUAACGCCGCAUCUACUUAGAUGCCGUCAGCUUGUGCGGAGUAGAACGCAUUAAGUGAUUUAGCGAGGCAGUGCAUGAACGUGUGUAGCGUUCUGUAAUUAGGAACUGUGCAAUUUCGCUAAGCUACAAAUGGGCGAAAGUUAGAGCUUCGCCUUGUAAGGAAGUUGAAGGUGUUGUUUAUUUAUUGAGGUCACGUAGGUUACAUAGCGAUUGCUCAAUGACAAACGAAACUCGCACUCCCACGGUGGUAUGUGGCACGGAGACAAUUAAAGUCCAUAUGCAGGUUCUAUUAGUCACGAGGCAUUGACUCACUUGGGAUCUGCGUGUCCGAGAUUUCUCAUAGUCGUUGCUGCAUCACAUGUUGGUUUCCUGGGCAUGUUUGCAUGUUUCAUAGAUAUAAUAAUGAAUGUAAAUAAAAUGAUAUUAAUACUCGAA